CCCCACGCGCCGCGGCGCCUGCUGACCCGGCCCGCUCGCCCGUCGGUCCGCAGGCGGCUGAGGAAUCUUGAACAUAACUUCAAAAGAAGAUUUGAUCCUUUAUUUCUGGACUGCAGUUAUAUAACAAGACCAUCACAAUGUCGGGAGCAUCGGUGAAGGUGGCUGUUCGUGUUCGGCCUUUCAAUUCUCGAGAGACCAGCAAAGAGUCCAAGUGCAUCAUUCAGAUGCAGGGCAACUCGACUAGUAUUGUUAACCCAAAGAACCCAAAGGAAGCUCCAAAGUCCUUCAGCUUCGACUACUCCUACUGGUCUCACACCUCGCCUGAAGAUCCCUGUUUUGCAUCUCAAAACCGUGUAUACAAUGACAUUGGAAAGGAAAUGCUCUUACAUGCCUUUGAGGGGUAUAAUGUCUGUAUUUUUGCCUAUGGGCAGACUGGUGCUGGGAAAUCUUACACAAUGAUGGGUAAACAAGAAGAAAGCCAGGCUGGCAUCAUUCCACAGUUAUGUGAAGAACUAUUUGAGAAAAUCAAUGACAACUGUAAUGAAGAAAUGUCCUACUCUGUAGAGGUGAGCUAUAUGGAAAUUUACUGUGAAAGAGUACGAGAUUUACUGAAUCCAAAAAACAAGGGUAAUUUGCGUGUACGUGAACACCCACUUCUUGGCCCAUAUGUGGAGGAUCUGUCAAAGUUGGCAGUCACUUCCUACACAGACAUUGCUGACCUCAUGGAUGCUGGGAACAAAGCCAGGACAGUGGCAGCUACCAACAUGAAUGAAACAAGUAGCCGUUCCCACGCUGUGUUUACAAUUGUUUUCACCCAGAAGAAACAUGAUACUGAGACCAACCUUUCCACUGAGAAGGUCAGUAAAAUCAGCUUGGUGGAUCUAGCAGGAAGCGAACGAGCUGAUUCAACUGGUGCCAAAGGGACUCGAUUAAAGGAAGGCGCAAAUAUUAAUAAGUCUCUUACAACUCUGGGCAAAGUCAUUUCAGCCUUGGCAGAGGUGAGUAAGAAAAAGAAGAAAACUGAUUUUAUUCCCUACAGGGAUUCUGUGCUUACGUGGCUCCUUCGAGAAAAUCUAGGUGGCAAUUCUCGUACUGCAAUGGUUGCUGCUCUGAGCCCAGCAGAUAUCAACUAUGAUGAAACUUUGAGCACUCUGAGAUAUGCCGAUCGUGCAAAACAAAUUAAAUGCAAUGCUGUUAUCAAUGAAGACCCCAAUGCCAAGCUUGUCCGUGAAUUAAAGGAGGAGGUGACGCGACUGAAGGACCUUCUUCGUGCUCAGGGACUGGGAGAUAUCAUUGAUACAUCCAUGGGGUCCCUUACAUCAUCUUCAUCUUCCUGCUCACUCAAUAGUCAGGUGGGCUUAACGUCUGUGAGCAGUAUUCAGGAGAGGAUCAUGUCUACACCUGGAGGAGAAGAAGCCAUCGAACGUCUAAAGGAAUCAGAGAAGAUCAUUGCUGAAUUAAAUGAAACCUGGGAAGAGAAGCUGCGUAAAACAGAAGCCAUCAGAAUGGAGAGAGAGGCCUUGUUGGCUGAGAUGGGAGUUGCCAUUCGGGAAGAUGGAGGAACUCUGGGGGUUUUCUCACCUAAAAAGACCCCACAUCUUGUUAACCUCAAUGAGGACCCACUGAUGUCAGAAUGCCUGCUUUAUUACAUCAAAGAUGGAAUUACAAGGGUUGGCCAAGCAGAUGCCGAGCGGCGCCAGGACAUCGUGCUGAGUGGGGCUCACAUUAAAGAAGAGCAUUGUAUCUUCCGGAGUGAGAGAAACAACAGUGGGGAUGUAAUCGUGACUCUAGAGCCCUGUGAACGCUCAGAAACCUACGUAAAUGGCAAGAGGGUGGCCCAGUCUGUUCAGCUGCGCUCAGGAAACCGUAUCAUCAUGGGUAAAAACCAUGUGUUUCGUUUUAACCACCCGGAGCAAGCACGGGCUGAGCGGGAGAAGACUCCUUCUGCUGAGACCCCCUCUGAGCCUGUGGACUGGACAUUUGCCCAGAGAGAGCUUCUGGAAAAACAAGGAAUUGAUAUGAAACAGGAGAUGGAGAAAAGGUUACAAGAAAUGGAGAUCCUAUACAAAAAGGAGAAGGAAGAAGCAGAUCUUCUCUUGGAGCAACAGAGACUGGACGCGGAUUCUGAUAGCGGGGAUGAUUCUGACAAGAGGUCCUGUGAAGAGAGCUGGAAACUGAUUACUUCUCUGAGAGAAAAGCUACCUCCCAGCAAGUUGCAAACCAUUGUUAAAAAAUGUGGCCUCCCCAGCAGUGGGAAGAAACGAGAACCUAUUAAAAUGUACCAAAUACCCCAAAGAAGGCGCCUGAGUAAAGAUUCCAAGUGGGUCACCAUCUCAGAUCUUAAGAUUCAGGCUGUAAAAGAGAUUUGCUAUGAGGUUGCUCUCAACGAUUUUAGGCACAGUCGGCAGGAGAUUGAGGCCUUGGCCAUUGUUAAGAUGAAAGAGCUUUGUGCCAUGUAUGGGAAGAAAGAUCCCAAUGAGCGAGACUCCUGGAGGGCAGUGGCCAGGGAUGUCUGGGACACUGUUGGUGUAGGGGAUGAGAAGAUUGAAGACAUGAUGGCCAGUGGUAAAGGUGGAACUGAUGUAGAUGACCUCAAGGUUCAUAUAGACAAGCUGGAAGACAUUUUGCAAGAAGUCAAAAAGCAAAAUAACAUGAAAGAUGAGGAGAUAAAAGUCUUAAGAAAUAAAAUGCUCAAAAUGGAGAAAGUCUUACCACUGAUUGGAUCUCAGGAACAGAAAACCCAAGGAAACCACAAAGCAAAGGAACAUGUUGGUGCUGGUGUCAGUAGCAAUGCUGAGAAUGAUGCAAAUAAAGGAGACAGUGGAGAACUUGGGAAAGAAGAACGUGUUUCCCAGCUGAUGAAUGGGGAUCCAGCUUUCAGACGUGGACGUCUGCGUUGGAUGAGACAAGAGCAAAUCCGGUUUAAGAACCUGCAACAGCAGGAGAUAUCAAAGCAGCUUCGUCGGCAGAAUGUACCUCAUAGGUUCAUCCCUCCUGAGAAUCGGAAGCCCCGGUUUCCCUUUAAGAGCAACCCUAAACACAGAAACUCUUGGAGUCCUGGGACACAUAUCAUCAUAACAGAAGAUGAGGUUAUAGAGCUUAGAAUUCCAAAAGAGGAAGAUGGAAGGAAAGGAAACAAGGAGGAGAGCCAAGAAAAGGGUGGUCGAGCAACUUCUAAGGAUCCCCAGUUACCAUGGGGCUCUCAGGGCACACGAAGUCAAGAUCACAUUCAAGUUAGCAAGCAGCAUAUUAAUAAUCAACAACAGCCACCUCAGUUACGCUGGAGAAGCAAUUCUCUCAAUAAUGGCCAACCGAAAAGUGCGCGUUGCCAGGCAUCUGCCGCCUCAGAAUCGUUAAACUCCCACACUGGUCACCCCACUGCUGACCUGCAGACUUUCCAGGCAAAGCGUCAUAUGCAUCAGCACCGUCAGUCUUACUGUAAUUAUAACACUGGAGCUCAGUUAGAGGGCAGUGCAGCCAAUUCUUAUCAGAGGCAGACUGACAAACCCAACCACUGUAGCCAGUUUGUAACACCUCCACGGAUGCGGCGACAGUUCUCAGCACCCAAUCUCAAAGCUGGUCGAGAAACCACAGUAUAAAUCACUGGACAAACUUGAAAACCUGGUGGAGGAAACAGGCGAUGUUAAGUCGAUUUGAGUUGGUUCUAGCCUUGGCCUUGAAUUCCUACUAUUUACGUUAUUAUUUGAAUGUUGCGUUCCUACAGAUAUUAACUGAUUUUAAUAUUGUCAAAACAUAAAACACUGGUAAAUGUUUCAACACCUCCCUUUUGUUUGAAUAUCAUAAUGGACAGUUUCUGGAAUUUUGGACAAAACACUGAGACCUCCUUUUUUUCCCUGAGACUUUCCUCCUUUUUUGGUGCCUAAAUAAUAUACUUACACAGACUGCUCUUGUUUUGGUGUACGUUUAUUAUGUUUUUAUAAUUCUCCUAAAUUGAUCUGAUAACCAGAAAGACCUGCCUCUUGGUUUAUGCAGACAUUCAAUGGGGAAAUUUGAUAUGUAGAAUUAAAUGUCUAUUAUUUCCCCAUGCGUGUUAGACAUUAGUUUAAAAAUAAUAACAUGCAACUAUGUGGACACAGUUUUGGAUUUCUCAUCCAUGUGUGUUUUUUAAAAAAUAAAAUUGGACUUUUUAUAAGCCAAAACUAAAUGUCUUCAGACACAUUUUAUAGGAUACUGCUUUGCAUCUUCCACAGGACUUCCACAUCUUACUCUUCUACAUGUACACAGAACUGACUCAGUAGGUUUUUUUCUUUUGACUAUAUCAGUAUAUGUAAGAAAUUUAUCAAAAUACUGAAAUCUUUAAAUUGGCACCAUAUCUGGAUUUCUGUUUGUGGUUUGUAUUUUGAAAUUUAAUGUAUCAUUUCUUACACACACUGAACUAUUCGCCAAAAUCAUGCCAACAGAAAUUCCAGUGAAAUAUUUGGUGGAGAGAGGAAAGGGAAACAGGAGAAGGCUACAGCAUAUGGCUGUGUGCUGCAUGUUUUUAGGAGAUGAUGAAAUAAUGAAAUAGGCUAACUUUGGUUGGGUUUAGAAUAAAGGAGAUGGUGUGUAAUGAACUAUUCUUUGGUUACUAGUAGAAAUGCUCACAAGACACCCAAGCAAGCAAAGAGAAGUCCUGAUGAACAUUUAUUGUAUCAAUACCUCAUUUACUGUGUUGUGAUCCCAGUUUGCCUCACUGGAGAAUCCACUAAAAAAUGGAUUUUAAUGGGAAGAAAAGAAUAGUUUUCUACAUCUCUAGAACUUGUCAGAAACUUUCUUAAAAGGCAGUGUGAAGAGCCAGCGACCUCUGCAAUCGCCUGACUUCAAGUUGUUGAAGAUUCCCAAGUCACAUUAAGUCAUCUAUCAGAUGGUGUGAAAAAUUGCAGCCAAGAUAGCAAUUAGCAUUCAAGGAAACCUUAAAGAUUGUGAUUAUAUAGUGUGUUUUUUUUCCUUUGUGUGUGGGCACUAUGCUUUAUUAGAACAUUAUUUUUAAUCAUAGUAUUUUUUUCUUUGCCUCCAAGAAAAUGCUUUCUUAAUGCACAGAAAGUUGCUUCCAAUUAACUUUGGGGGGAUAUUUUUGCUUUUGUAGCUGAAGAGUCCUAGUCUUUACUUGAGGUUUCAUGGCAGGUUAGGCCUGGGUGAAUGAUGUUUGUAACGGUUGACUAAUUGAGAUGACGAUAUCCUGUACCAUGUGGUUUGAAUGUACUCAGUGGGCUGCUUCAGAUCAGUCACUUCAUUGCAUCUCGUAUAAACUCCAUAUUUGUCCUUCUUUAUUCUUCUUAGACAUAGAUACGUUAACUAGUCAUUUCUUGCAAAAAGUUUAUUUUCUAAUAUUAGUAAUAAUGAUAAUUAGUCACCUUUCACCUCUGGAGCUAAAGUGGGCUCUUAUUUCCCUAACUUGAGAUAACUUAGGGAUAAGUCUACAUAUGUUCAUUUUUAUGAUAGCCUUUUCAUCUGUGUGGGCAGGUGCCUUUCUUUUUCACUAAACAAUGGGACUGAGGUUCUACUGGUGACCAGAUGACACUGUAGAGUGUAGAAUGAAAAGUAACACAAUAUUUUCAUUUGCAAAUGUGGGUUGUGAUAAACAAACUGGUGUUCUAAAGAAUUAGGUUUGUAUUUGUGCUUCAUCUGCUGGUCCAGGUGCCCUCAUCUUGCUGAAAUGUUUAGAUAUCAAAAGGAACCCUUAAUUUCAGAUGACCAGGAAGAAAUGAACCAAAGUUAGAUUGGUUGCUACAUAUGUCCCUGAAUUCAUGCAUUUGAGAGCACAUGAUUGUCUUAGAAAAUAAUUUUUGUUUUUAAAAUUAUUUCAUUGACUCUUUUUACUAAGCAAGUAACCUUUGUCAUGCUUUUGGUAUAGCCUAUAGUAACAUUUGUUUUUUAAUUUGACAAUAUUUCUCUGUAAGCUCAAAUACAACAAGACUGAAAAGAAAUGGUUAUUAUUAAACUGUUAUUAUAUUAUUAAAGUAUUCCUGGCUAUUACCAUAGCGAAAUGAAAAAAAAAACACAAAACACAGUGUUUUUGUUAUUGAUAUUAUAUAAUCUGACAAUAAUGGAAAUGUAGAAGAGUCCUGAUUAAUUGGUAUAAUUUCACAAGCCAAAAUGGUAUUCCUUGGAGAGUCAAAGACAUUCAGCUUAUAAGUCUAAACCAGAGGGCUUUUUCCUUUAUAUCUGCUUCUAAAUCUUUUUAGUGCUUGGCAUUGCUUCUUUCACUAGCAAUGCAGUGAAGUAUUGUUUAUUCCACUGAAGUGACUUGAAGUGACCUCUUGUGGUUUAGGUGCAGGUUAAUGCUGAAAAAAAAAACAAAAUAAAACAAACCACAGAGUUGCCACACUGGUGUCUGCAUUAAAGGCUGUUAGAUAUUAGACUACAGGAAGUUACAUAGAUUUCCUUCGGUCAGCUGCUGUACCCCUGUGCCUUACUGGUCCUUUGUAGACUUGCCUUAAUGAUUUGUACAAAAGACUGGGAGGAGGGGAAGCUGCCAUGUCCUGGUGUACCUUAAUGAAGAUGCCUUCUGAGGCACAAUGCAAAGCAAGCAUUUGUUCUAGACUGUCAGAGCCAUUUUCUGCAUUAUGAGCAGUUUUCAUAACUGUCCAGUUUAUGUCACCUUUCAGAUUUUAUAAUCUGCUCUAGAUACUUAGUUUGAACCACUUUAGGUUGUGAAAUGUAUUGGUUUCCUCCCAUUGUUACUGUAAAAUCUUGUUCAUAAACAAUGGAUUUCUCCUUCAAUAUCUUUUUAAAAAAUGGUUGAAGAUUGUUUUUGAGUGUAAGAUCUACCUUAUCAGAAAAGGAGAGUUUGUAAUGUUUUAAAAAUAAUAAUAAUAAAGUCCUCAUUUAAUAAAAGCUGAAAUCUUUUAAGAGUGUGAUUUCUCUCUGACGUGGGAGGCGGAAAAAGUGAAAUAGGG